GCGUGCAGAGCUUGCGGCUUCUGGUUUGCUGCACGUGUGGCGCUGUCGGUGACUUGUUUGGUAAUCUCUCUCGUUGGCGCGGUAGCGCCACAGUGAAGAACGGAGUGGCAUCAUCGGCCUAGGCUCGUGAGCUGAUGGAGUUUGCAGCUGAGAAGGAAGGGACUCCGGGAGGAGGUCCCCAGAGGGUAGCUGAGGGGGCGCGGCCGAGGCCUGCGGCUGGUGGGGAGGGAGCCAGGGACUUAGAUGGGAGCCCCGAAGCUGGCAAUGGAGAGGAGAGGAACGGACUGACAGGAAUUAACAUCACAGAGGAUGCCGAGGAGAUAAAGAUGGACUUAGCUGUGGUGAAGCAGGAAGUAGUGGACUGGUCGGAUUUAGACUGCGGUAUUUCGGACAGCCUCUGGGUAAAGCAGGAGGUGGAGGGCGGGCCUGAGGUGAAGGAUGAGAAAGGCGUGUUGGAGGUGAAGCAGGAGGCGGAGAGUAGCCUGGUGGUGAAAGAAGAGGAGGUGGAUGAGCCAGAAGUCAAGGAAGAGAAAGUGAAGGUGAAGGAGGAGGUAACGGACUGGGAAGAAGUGAAGGAGGAGGACUUGAACGUAAAACAGGAGUUGUUUGUUGGUCAGAACGUAAAGGAGGAGCAGGUGAUGGACGGCGUGCCCGUAAAAGAAGAGGAUUGCCUCAAGAGAGAAGUGAUGGAAGACACGAAGGUGAAGGAAGAGCCUCAGAUGAAUCCCCGAGUGGGCUGCAAGAGGAAAUUGGCUAUGUCAAGGUGCGAGACUUGUGGAACAGAAGAAGCAAAGUACAGAUGUCCACGCUGCAUGCGGUAUUCCUGCAGUUUGCCCUGUGUAAAGAAACACAAAGCCGACCUGACAUGUAAUGGAGUCCGGAAUAAGACUGCUUAUGUCUCCCUGCAGCAGUUUACUGAGAUGAAUCUCCUGAGUGACUAUCGAUUUUUGGAAGACGUGGCAAGAACGGCAGACCAGGUUUCAAGAGAUACUUUCUUGAAAAGACCGAAGCGCAAAAAAUAUCUGCUGUUUAUGAGGAAUCGUGCCCGAAAGCAGGGCAUUUACUUGAGGCUUCUACCCUGUGGAUUCAGCAAGAGGAAAGAGAACUCCACGGUUUUUGACCAUAGGAAACAGCAGUUUUGUUGGCAUGUAAAGCUCCAGUUUCCCCAGAGUCAAGCGGAGUAUAUAGAAAAAAGAGUACCAGACGAUAAAACUAUUAAUGAAAUUCUAAAACCUUACAUCGAUCCCGAGAAGUCCGAUCCUGUGAUUCGUCAGAGAUUGAAAGCCUACACACAGUCACAGACUGGGGUCCAAAUUUUAAUGAGGGUCGAAAAUAUGCAGCAAAAUUUGAUAAGGUAUUAUGAACUGGAUCCUUACAAAAGUCUUUUAGACAACUUGAGGAACAAAGUGAUCAUUGAAUAUCCAACUUUGCAUAUCGUGUUGAAAGGAUCUAGUAAUGACAUGCAGCUUCUUCACCAAGCAGUGAAAAGUGAAUCUGCCCAGAAGCUUGGCAAUGAAAAUUGAGCACUGUGAAGAAGGUAGAGGUUCCCAAGUGGUUGAGAAGCUCGUGUGUUGCUGGGCUGCUGGGUGACUGGGUCUGCCAGUGGGCGGUGUGUUGUUUGUCUAAAAAGUAAUUAAAGAGCAUAACGGUCUUCAGGGGGAGAAA